AUGCUCAUUCGGCUCGCCCUGCUCGCCUCCGCGCUCACGCCGCCUCUGCCGCCCGGCGCGGGCAGCGAGGCGGAGGCAGCGGCGCGGCGCGAGGAUCAGGAAUUCGAGGCUGUGCAGCCGCCGAUGCCCGAGCACCUUCUGGCACUGUGGCGCGCGGGCUCCGGCGCUUACGCGUGCUUCCAGCGUGAAUUCCACAGCGCGGGCGCUGGGGCACUCACGCCGAGCGCUAGGGCCGCGCUCAAAGAGGCAGCUGCGCACCUCGAGCAGCUCGCCGGCUUCACGCUGGGCGAGCGGCGCGAGUUCAUCCUUUAUGGCCGGCUGCAGGAUGUGUUUGUGCCGCUCGCGCGAGAGCUGGAGCACUGUGCCGACGCAGCCUCGUGGAGCCUGCAGCGCGCUCUGCACCCGCUCGGCACAAACUCUUAUGCCGUGGACGAGGCCUCCAAGACGUCGCUCUGGAACGCGGGCGUCAGCGCCGCCAUCGGCUUUUACCGGCGCGCGGGCGAUCAGCACCGCGCGCAGGCGACGCUGGAGCUCGCUCGGAAGCACCCUCACGCCGCAACCCACUACGAGCGGCUCGACCAGACCCCGCUCGUCUUCUUCCCCGGCCUCGAAGCGCGGCCGUGGUGGGAGCCACGCUCAUUCUCGCUCGUCCGGAAGCUCGAGUCCGCGUUCGCCGAUCCGGGUUCGCGCGCGGCCCUGUUGGCUGAGCUCGACGCAGUCAUCGCGCGCGGUGGCCUCGCGCCCAUACUAUCGCCCGCAGCUCCGCUCGGGGAGGCGGGCGCCGGGCGCGGUGAGGCGGCGGGAAAUGAGAGCGGAGGGACAUGCGGCGCGGCCGACGGCGCAGCGGGCGGCACCACGCCCGCGUGGUCGGAGCUGCCCCUCUUUGACGGCAGGGUGUGGGACGAGGGGGCGUGCGCGGCGCUGCCUACGCUUCGCGGCCUGCUGCGAGGCCGAGGCAGCGAGCCCGUCGACGAGUGCAUAUGCACGGCGCCGGUCGACGCGGCGUCGCCAAACCUUUGCGGGACGAAUAUCGUCGUGACCCUGCUGCGGCUGGCGCCGGGCGCCGCCGUCUUGCCUCACUGUGGCAUAACCAACCGCAGACUCACAAUGCAGUUCGCGUUGCGCGGCGCCGAGGGCGUCGAGUUCACCGUGGGGGGGGAGCCGCGCGGGUACGGCGGCGAUGGCAAAGCCAUCGUCUUUGACGACAGCUUUGAGCACAUGGUCUCCCACCGGGGGAGUCAGGAUAGGUAUGUGCUGUACGCGGUGCUUAAGCACCCUGGCCUGACUUCUUCGGUCGAGACGCUGAAAAGCUGAGUGACUGCGUAUGUGUGUUAAACGACAAAUUUUAGCUGCA